GUUCCCGCCCUUGCUCAAGCGCCCAGGUAGCUGCGAGGAAAGUUUUGCGGCGGCUGUGUUAGCGGCACGUCUCUCGCUCCUCAGGGCCGCUGCUAGGCUUGCCUAGUCCCGAGACUGCUCUCGCUCCUACUGCCACUCUCCCGCGCUCUCCUAGCUCCCUGCACAGCAGGAUGGCCGAGACCGUGCGCCCCGCGUGCUUGCUGGUGGUGGCGAUGCUGCUCAGCUUGGACUGCCUGGGACAGGCUCAGCCACCGCCGCCUCCAGACGCCACCUGUCAUCAAGUCCGUUCUUUCUUCCAGAGACUGCAGCCCGGACUCAAAUGGGUUCCCGAAACCCCCGUGCCAGGAUCAGAUUUGCAAGUAUGUCUCCCCAAGGGCCCAACAUGCUGCUCAAGAAAGAUGGAAGAAAAAUACCAACUAACAGCUCGAUUGAACAUGGAACAACUGCUUCAGUCUGCCAGUAUGGAGCUCAAGUUCUUAAUUAUUCAGAAUGCUGCAGUUUUCCAAGAGGCCUUUGAGAUUGUUGUUCGCCAUGCCAAGAACUACACCAAUGCCAUGUUCAAGAACAACUACCCAAGCCUGACCCCUCAAGCUUUUGAGUUCGUGGGUGAAUUUUUCACGGACGUCUCUCUUUACAUCUUGGGUUCUGACAUCAAUGUGGACGAUAUGGUCAAUGAAUUGUUCGAUAGCCUGUUUCCAGUCAUCUAUACCCAGAUAAUGAACCCAGGCCUGCCUGAGUCAGCUUUAGACAUUAACGAGUGCCUCCGUGGAGCAAGACGUGACUUGAAAGUAUUUGGCAACUUCCCCAAGCUUAUCAUGACCCAGGUUUCCAAGUCCCUGCAAGUCACUAGAAUCUUCCUCCAGGCUCUGAAUCUUGGAAUCGAAGUGAUCAACACUACAGAUCACCUGAAGUUCAGUAAGGACUGUGGCCGUAUGCUCACCCGUAUGUGGUAUUGCUCUUACUGCCAAGGACUGAUGAUGGUUAAGCCCUGUGGUGGUUACUGCAAUGUGGUCAUGCAAGGCUGUAUGGCAGGCGUGGUCGAGAUUGACAAGUACUGGAGAGAAUAUAUUCUGUCUCUGGAGGAGCUGGUGAAUGGCAUGUACAGGAUCUACGACAUGGAGAACGUGCUCCUUGGUCUCUUUUCCACAAUCCAUGACUCCAUCCAGUAUGUCCAGAAGAACGGAGGCAAGCUGACUACCACUAUUGGCAAGUUAUGUGCCCAUUCUCAACAACGCCAGUAUAGAUCUGCUUAUUACCCUGAAGAUCUGUUUAUUGACAAGAAAGUAUUAAAAGUUGCUCAUGUAGAACAUGAAGAAACCUUAUCUAGCCGAAGACGGGAACUCAUUCAGAAGCUGAAAUCGUUCAUCAACUUCUACAGUGCUUUGCCUGGCUACGUCUGCAGCCAUAGCCCUGUGGCCGAGAACGACACUCUGUGCUGGAAUGGACAAGAACUCGUGGAGAGAUACAGUCAAAAAGCGGCAAGGAAUGGAAUGAAGAAUCAAUUCAACCUCCAUGAGCUGAAAAUGAAGGGCCCUGAGCCAGUGGUUAGCCAAAUCAUUGACAAACUGAAGCACAUUAACCAGCUCCUGAGAACCAUGUCUGUGCCCAAAGGUAGAGUUGUGGAUAAAAACCUGGAUGACGAAGGGCUUGAAAGUGGAGACUGCGGUGAUGAUGAAGAUGAGUGUAUUGGAGCCUCUGGUGAUGGAAUGAUGAAAGUGAAGAAUCAGCUCCGCUUCCUUGCAGAACUGGCUUAUGACCUGGAUGUGGACGAAGCUCCUGGGAGCAAGCAACAUGUGAAUCCGGACAAUGAGAUCGCAUCUUCUUCCCAAAACCUGGGGACGGCAGCCACCCCACUGAAGAUCCUGACCAGCCUGGCCAUCUCUGUGGCCUGCUUUUCCUUUCUGGUGCACUGACUCCUCGGUGCACCACUACCCGUGCUGCCAACAGCACCAUGUGGUCCUCCCCAAAGGGAACCACCUUCUUUUUUUCUAUUUUUUUACUUAUAUACCUCCUCCAACCAUUAAGUAGAAGACUAACCAUGCGUUAUGUUUUCGAAAAUCAAAUGGGAGCUUUCUGAGGAAGGUCAAUUUUAGUAGUAGUAUAGAUUUGUCUUUUUUGCAAAAAAGAAAAAGAAAAAAAAAAUCAAGUUGUGCCAAAUUAUUUUCUUAUGUUUGGCUGCUAGAACAUGCUUGCCAUGUUUCGCUCUCUCCCUCUUUCUUUCUCUCUGCAUGGAUUUCUUUGAAAAAAAAUAAAUAAAUGUUCAAAUAAAAA